UUCUUCUUUUCCCCCUUCUUUUUCCCAAAAUUUCAAAUGAAAUCCCACCUGAAAUCUUUCUUCUUUUUUCCCCAUUUUAUUUUUCCCAAACCAUUUCUCCUUUAUUUUUUGCCCCCAAUUUCCCCAAAUCGACAGCCCUCUGCAUCUCCGUUGGUCCUGCCCAUUUUUGCAGCCUCGACUUAGGUGAACAAAACGACUACCUCAAAGGCGUCGUCACCGAUGUUAUCCAUGACCCAGGCCGCGGUACGCCCUUAGCUCGCAUCAUGUUCCGUCACCCAUUCCGUUACAAGAAGCAGAAGGAAGGAUCUGUUCGUCGCCGCUGAGGGUACGUACACCGGACAGUUCGUGUACUGUGGUAAGAAGGCCACCCUUAUGGUCGGAAAUGUGUUGCCUCUUAGAUCUAUCCCCGAAGGAGCUGUCAUUUGCAACGUCGAACACCACGUUGGUGAUCAUGGGGUUUUCGCUCGGGCUUCUGGUGAUUAUGCCAUUGUUAUUAGUCACAACCCUGAUAACGACACUAUCAGCUGAAUUGUUUGUUAAUGGGGAGAUUGUUCAACGAUCACCAGAAAGACAAAGGAGGGUGGAACUACAACCGCAAAGGGCCCAAGACAGACCAAGGUGCAAGUUUAUGCCUUUGAUUGCUGACAAAUCACAGGUUUACACUCAACAUGCUUAUAUGAGACCUCUUGGAGUUGAUUUGGGAGCCAGCAAUUUUGGGGUUGCUCGACUUCUCAGACACAAGGGUACCAAGGAGCUUAUUGGUAUGAAAUAUAUUGAGAGAGGUCACAAGAUAGAUGAGAAUGUGGCAAGAGAGAUUAUCAAUCACAGAUCUCUUAGACACCCUAAUAUAAUCCGGUUCAAGGAGGUGGUUUUGAUGCCUACCCAUUUAGCAAUUGUGAUAGAGUAUGCUGCUGGUGGUGAGCUCUUUGAUCGAAUUUGCAGUGCUGGUAGAUUCAGUGAAGAUGAGGCUAGAUAUUUUUUUUAGCAGUUGAUCUCUAGUGUUAAUUACUGUCACUCCAUGGUGUUAAGAUGAAGGCAGCUGAGGAAGCCUUGGAAGCAAAACAAAAAGUAACAAAUAGCUUGUCUGCUACCUGUUCCUUUUAUUAUUAUCAUGUUUUAUAAUUUUGUGACAAAUUGUUCUUGGUACUCUGAAGAUAUUUAUGCAAAAUUACCCUAUGAUUCUAUUGUAUUUAUACUGCAUGGCUGCACCAUGUAUUUCUUAACUAGUUUGAUAAAUUUUAUGUGUGGUGUUUAAUUUUUCGUUA